AUGUCAGAUCUGAGGCAGAAAUUACCGAAGGCUAUAUUUGAAACCUGCUUCUCCGGUGAAGACACCAAGGUCUGCUGGAAGAAGCCCUUCCUCUCACCAGAGUGCCUCCAGGUGGUGCCGGCACUGAACUAUGCAGAGACAGAGGUGGAAAAGUGCCUCCCUUCACCAAGUGGGGAGCUACGUGGUUUACUAGAGCAGCAUAUCCAGAGCUACGCUUCCCUCAUCCACCCUGGGCUUACCAUCAGUCCAUCCAGGGAGGCCAGCAUCUUCCCAGAUCAGUUUGAUGUUCCCGACGCCCUCAAAUACCUCUACUCCGCCCCCAAGUGGACUGAGAUGGGAUGGAAACGUCUCAAAUCUUAUUUCCACCAGCCAGGCUCCUUUGAGCUGUCGGUGUCCAGAGCCACGGAGCUUCUGGUGGCAGGGCGAGAGGAGCGAGGAGAUGAGCCGGAUGAUGAUGUCUACUACUGUCUGUCAUCUCCAGAGGGGUCCCCCAUGAGUCCUGCUAGUCUGGGUGGCCCAGAGGAGCAGCAGUCAGGGGGAAAGGCCCCAGGAGACACAGCUGACACAGCAGCAGACUUUAGUAAAGCACUUGUAGUGUCAAUGAAGGACUUUGAGAAACCUGGUAAGACUAUGGAAGACAGUAAUGCAUCAGACAAAGCAGUAAAGGAAGGGAAUAACCUGCUUUCGAAGGAAGUGCAAGAAAGGUUGCCCUCGGAUCUUAGCAAGCCUCUAAUCCCUGCAGACGAUUUUGGGAAACCUGGCUUGAACAAGGCACACAGUAAUGCACCAGGGAUAACUUUGCCUCCAAAAGAGGUGCAGGAGGAGCUUCACUCUGAUCUUUCUCAGCCUUCUGUGUCGGCAGAUGGCUCUGAAAAACCUGGGAAGACCAAGGCUGACUGUAAUGCACCAGGGGUAAGAACAGAGGAUGAAGGGACACGUUUGAUCCCAGAGGAGGUUGAAGUUGAUGUACAAGAAAAGGUGCAUUCUGAUCGUUUACAGCCUGCAGUCUCUGCAGAGGUCUUGGGGAAAGCUGACCUGGCAGCAUUGGUCAAGGCAGACUGCAACGCUCCAGAGGUAGGAGUAGCGAAUGAAGAGACUAACUUGUACCUGAAGGAGGUGCAAAAGGAUAUGCCCUCUGGUGUUUCACAGCCUCCAGUCUCUGCAGAGGUCUUGGGGAAAGCUGACCUGGCAGCAUUGGGCAAGGCAGACUGCAACGCUCCAGAGGUAGGAGUAGCGAAUGAAGAGACUAACUUGUACCUGAAGGAGGUGCAAAAGGAAAUGCCCUCUGGUGUUUCACAGCCUCCAGUCUCAGCAGGGGUCUUGAGGAAACCUAGUCCGGCCCUGGCGACCAAGCCCAAUAGCAAGGCACCAGCGGCAGGCGUAGAGGAUAAUGUGAGAACUUUGCCUCAGAAGGAGGUGCAAGAGGAGGUUCCCUCUGAUCUUUCCCAGCUUGAAGUGUCGGCAAAGGCUUUUGGGAUAGCCAGUAUGAGAGUGAUGAAAAAGGCCACAGAGGUGACAGAGGUUUCAACCUCACCUGCAUCAGGGUGGUUGCAUUAUCGCUCACCAGCUUCUUUAGAAAGUGAGAAAGUAGCUAUAUCCUCCCAACUAGUGACACUUGACCCGGAUGACAGCCGUGUUGUCAGUAGGGGUAGCACCUGCGAAUGUGCCAGCACUGUAUCAUGCCCACCUGCAGAUUCUCUGACCUUAUUGGUUAAUUUGGCUCGCAGUACCAGUAAUGACAAAGUACUGGAACAACAGUCAGACCCAAAGGCUCUUGAGAAACAAGAUGACCACCCAAGUUUGGUGAUAAGUGACAACAGUGUCAAAGAUGGCAUCUCUCCUCAUGAUCCAGAUGGUUCAAUCCUUCAAGUCCCAAUUUCGGAGGGACUUCAGCAGCAUCGCAAGGAUAUCUUUGCUGACGGAUCUCAAACACUACGGGCCUUCCUGUGUCAGCAGAAGGACCAGAACAGGAAGGAACCCGGAUUGGCUCCGGAAUCCCUGAGCAAAGGAAUCGGGUGCAAGCAGAAGUUCCAUCGCUUCCGGCGGUUCAUUGAAAAAGAUGGCUCAGUUCAAGUGACAAGGCUGUGGAAGGAAAACUACAACUUUAAUUCAGACAGCAAGUUUACCAACGACCCUAAGGAUAAAACAGUUAUUAGAGCCCUACAUGGCCCAUGGGAUUUUGACAUUAAGGACACAAAGGAACAGGUUCAGCUCAUUAUCCACAUGUGGAUAGGUCUUUUCUACAGCAGGUCCACUGCGAGGUUCUGCCAGGCAGACUCAACUCUAACAUGUUUGGAAAAAAAGGAUUCUACAGAAGUGGCUCAUGGAACGGUACCAGCCCAGGUUCCACCUGAGACCAAGACAAGUUCCCCUGCUUAUAUAGCCCUCUCCAGGAUACCAGAACCUGAAGUUUUGGACCUUAGUAACAUGGGUAAAAAAGAAGCACAACCAUUAAGCCUGGAAGCUGAGGUAUUGGACCUUUCAAUGAAAACAACCUCAACUGUGCUAGUCUCUCUAGACACAGAGUCUAAGCAGAGAAUAGAUUGUAAAAAUCAUCCAUUAUACCGAAAAGCAACUGGCCUGCACAAGGAAACCAUCUCUUGUCCGAAACGAAGUACAGGUGUUGAGUUAAAGGUUUACAGAGACCGUGUGGACAGCAUGAUGUCAGAAAAAUCAAGUGACCUGGGUGAUGAUGAAGACUAUGAAACCAACAACCAUGAGAAUGACAGCAAGGGUACCCUCCAAAAUGGUGUGUCCCCUUACGAAAGAACUUUGGAAAGUGAUCAAUCGUACAUACUUCUGUGUGAACAGGCAGCAAGUGUGUACAUUCAUCAAGAAAAGCUCCUGGAGACUGAAACUGCUCAGGCUUUGGAGGGCAACAACAAAAAGCUUGUCCAAAAGGAGGAGGAGAAGACGGGUGAUGGAGAACCAAAUGCAGCGUGUCUUAAAACCAUGGGCUCUAAAGAUGUCAAUAAGGAGCAACAACUUAAAGAUAACGAUUCAGUCAAAACAAUGCCAUACACAGAAGUGCAGAUGGAUGGUGAUGCUGCCAAUAUGGCUGACACAGUUGAGAGUAAUGCAAAUGAAGCCAGAGAUGGGGCUCACGUUGUCAUCUGGGAUGGCAGUGAGUCAAAAGAGGAGAUGCACAAAGUAGAUCACAACGUGAAGGAUUCUGUUGAAGCUGCAAAACCAGAAGCGGUGCAUGCUGGGAAAGAUACCACAAACAAGGAAAUCACUAAAGCACAAACUGCUGUGCAUGUUGGGAAGGAUUUCAUUGAUAAAGAUAAGGCACUCAAAGCAGUGCACAGUGAAAAUGUUCCCAGAGAUUAUGGAAACACCAAAGACCAGGUGCAAACUGCAAUGCAGGAUGGGAAUGAUACUAGAGAUGAGACCCUACCAGCGAUGAUUUGUGGAGAAGAUUCAGGAGAUAAAGCACCACCUGUGGUGUGUGAUGGGAAUACGUCUGUGGCUGAGGCACUACCAGAGAUAUCACAUACUGACAUUGAUUCCCAUAAAGCAACACUGUCAGUGGUGCAUGGUGGAAAUGAUCCGAGAGAUACGACACUACCUGUGAAAUGUAAUGGCAAGCUGUACAUAGACGUAGAACCCACUGUAGUGCAUGAUAUAAAUGGUUCCACGGAUGAGGAACUACCAAUGGGGCAGGGUGGGGAUGUUUCUGCUGGGACUAGCAGAGUACUGCCAGAAAUGCAUGGUGAGAUUAAAUGUAAAGAUGAUGAACUGCCCACGCAAGUAUUUCCAGUAUGCGAUGGGAAUAUGCCUUUUGUAGGCGAGUUUCACACACUCAUUCAGCCCAAUAAUGUUUUAGGAGUGGCUAAACAUGAAAUAGAUGAGGCUGAUGUAGAAACUAAAGAACAGGAAAAAGAAUUGAUGCAGGGUCAGAGUAAAUCUGAUGAUGUCACAACUCAAAGCUCCACAACAUUCCCGCCAGGGUCCCAACAUUCUCAAGACGAGACAUCAGAAAGACUGACAGGUCAGGUGGAAAUACCACCGAUUCCCAGGGAAGACAUCGCACACACAGAUGUUCUACAUUCAAUAGGUGAGGCAUCAGAGAUGGCGCAAGGUCAGGUAGAAAUUCCAUUUAUUGGAGUAGAAAUACCAUUCAUUGGAGUAGAGAAGGAUAGCCAGGAUAUUAAUCACACAGAGGUGCAUGAUACUCACCCAAGUCAGAAAGAGACACUGAUCACAGUCUGUGAUAGUGCUAAUGUGUUAUCAGCUGAAAUGCUAGCAAAAAUAGUUUCAAAGGGAACAGAAUCAGUCAGUCGAUGCCCAACUGUGGAUGAGGUGCUGUAUGGUUACAUCCCCAUUCCUGACAUCUGCAGCGCCUCCUUGGCCAUCUGCGAUGCCGAUGGGGUCAGCAAACCCCUCAGCACUGGGGAAGGUUACAGCAGAUGCCCAACUCCUACAGAAUGCGAGCCACCUUUCGUUCCAGGAUUUUCUUAUAUCCAUCACACACCAAACACUGUUUUGUUGCCCAAUGCGAAAGACACCAACAGUCCCAACCUCGAUAGUGGUCUUGCGCUCAUUGAAAAUGAAAAGGAUCAUCAUGAACCAAGUCUUAGUCUCUAUAAAGCUAGGGCUGCUACUGGGUUGCACAAGCUGCAUAAAUCCAGCAACAAUAACAAACCAAAUAAUCUGGAAGCCAUUGAUAAUCAGUUCUCUCAAAUAUUGGCUGAUCCUCGCAAGAACCCAAUCGCCACUAGCACACCUCUCAACACUCCCUCAUCUUCUUUAAAGGAAAGAAGCGAUUACGAUCCAUAUUCAAAUAUGCGACUUGCCGCUGUUGAACCAGACCUGCAUGCUCAUUCAAGUCGCCAUUCGCUGCAUAGUUUAUCUUACUCCUUUCCCAACACCCACUGUUCCUUAACAGAGAAAGCUGCCUUCUCUGUGCCAUCAAUCCACCCGGAAGUCCUGUCCAAUGAAACAACAUUAACUGGGAACUUUAGUGAAAUCGCCUUAGAAAGAGAGACUUGUUUGCAUCCUGCCUUAAGUGAGCUCAUCCUACAGUCCACCCGUCUGAGUAUUCCAGCGGGCAGUGGACCUACAGCAGCUUCUCAGAACCUUUCAGUGCACAGUUUUACUCAGCCCCAGCCAAACAGCCAGCAACCUGCCAUGAUUGUGAAUCUCUCCAAGAGUGAGGACAGCAGAGGACAGUACAACUGGGAAGAAGGACCAACAGAUAUUGAUCCUAUGUCUUCAGAUGUCCUAAAAAGCAAACAAACCGAUACCCCUGUCCGCUCAAACACUAAUGCUCACCCUUAUAACACAGAGUAUGCCAGAGAGAUGAGACAGAUUGCAGUUUUGCAAGAUUAUGAGGAUGUUAUGGCUGAUGAGGAUGUUAUGGGUGAAAAUGAGGCGCCUUCUGUAGAUAAAGACAAAAUUGAAUCCAGUUUAGAGACCAAUUGGAUAUCAGAUGACAAACAUUUAAGAAGUAAAUUCCGGUUGAAUAAAACAAGACUUGACUUCAUCAACUCUUUACGCCAGUCUCAGGAAUGGGAGCAAAGGGAAUUUGAUGGGGUUUUGGACUUCAGCAAGCAAGGCAUUUCCUCGUCGGUCACCUUCCAGUCUGAAGAAUCAGACAAAAUACUUUCCCGUAUGGAAGAGAACCAACAGGAGUGGUUAAAGUAUUGUAGGGCUACGAGGAGUGGCAGCCAGAUGGAUAUGACCAAGGAAGAAGACUCCUCAGUGGCAAAGCCACGCUUAGUUACCGUUUUGGAUCACAAAGGAAACAGAAUCACCUAUGAAAACUAUCCCGUUUUGAAACCUACAGCAAGCAUGCACACACGGACUGUUCCUGACUCAAACAGACAGGGCUUGAGCAGUUUUCUGGAGUUCUCCAAGAGGUGGGAUGAUACACAUAACGCUGAUGAAUCUGAUCUUACACAGUCAUCUAUGGAUCUGGAGACCCUCAUCUUCUCAGAGAGAAUGAACCAGAUGCUAAAACGUAAGAGUAGUAGCAGCAGCAGGUACAUCCGAUCGAGACACCGCAGGUCAAACGUAGAAGAAAGAGCUUCCACCAGUAGCCCGGCUGUGACAGUGCACUUUUCCAGUCUACAGGAGGAUCAGGACGGCUCCGAGGAGCACUGGGAGGCGAUACCGUCACUUGCAGCACAAAAGAUCAGAGUGGAGAUGCCUGAAAGGAUGGCUAUGCCUGAAGAAACAGAUGGAGAACCUCAGCAUCUUAAGAAAUUGUCCUGUACAAAGGGCAGUGAGAUGACGCAUGUAAAAGUUUCAGAUCUGGUUGUGGAUAGUUUCAAGGCGUACCAUGCUAUGAUGACCGAGGUCUGCGCAGGCAAAAAAUACCCAUCCAGAACUGAGAGACUCAAGAGGGAAGAAGCAAAGAGAAACAGUUCGCCAAAGUGUCGAGCUCCAAGCAAAGACUUCUGUGGGCAGAUGAAGGAGGACAUGUAUGACAGCCUGCAUGAUAAUCUGAACUCUGUUGUGAGACAGUCAUGUAAGAACAAAUUCAGGUUCUACAUACUGGUGACAUCAUCUGACCCAUUCUUCAGAGAGACGAAGGAGCUGUUAGAAGCAGAGGGCCACAUUGCGGUAGAACAGUCUCAAUUCUGCCUUGGAAAGGAAAGUCCAUCGUGCCCUCUACACAUCAUCUUAAGGAACGAAGAUAUUGCUGAACACAUUUGUGAGGUCCCUCACUUGCUUGAGUUAAAGAAGUCUCAGAAUGUGUUGUUUGCUGGUAUUGACCGUCCUGAUGACAUCGUGAACCUGACCCACCAAGAACUCUUCGGCAAAGGCGGUUUUGUGGUGUUUGAGGGAGCAGCUCUGCACACACUCAGUCUCAGCAACAUGAAGAAAAUGUCUGGUUUCCUGGAGGGACUGAGUAAAAAAGGGAAGUGGAAAUGGCUGUUGCACUACAGAGACAGCCGGAAACUGAAAGAGAACGCACGGUCUAGUGUGGAAGCACAGGGCAAAAAAAUCUUCAUGGAUGUCUGCCAGGAGGCUGGAAUGGUGGAGGUCUUACCCUACCAUGAAUGUGAUGUCAUUUCAAGGGAACGACCCAACUACCUCCACUGUCUAGUUCGCCUACAGGUCCAGAAUGUAUCGGCUCGUUUACCUGUAUUUAUAACUGACACAACGGCAGACAAAGCGUUUGCAAAACAUGGGAUCUUCACAAUGAAUAUUAACUCUUUCCUGCUGAUUUCUCAGAGUGACACAUGCACUAUUUCUUAAGCUGAUGGGGAAGCUGUCCACAGAAGUCCUCAGUACAUCAAAAUGCAAUAACAUUAUAUUUAUAAAGCCCUUUUUUUAGUUGUAACAAAGUUGUCAAAGUGAUUUAAAUCAACCCGACCAAGAGGCCAAUGAGCAGCGGCAAAGAAAUACUCUAAGGAAACCUUCAAACCUCGAGAGGAACCACUCAGGAGGAGGCCCCUUUAAGAAAUAAACAUUUGUAUUCCAAAAUCUACUUUUUAGGGAAUUCUUGGGCGUUCUCUCAGAAGUUUAAUACAUACUGACGAUCUAACCCAGAUCUAAAUAAUUGUAGUGUAAUAAUACAAAAAAAGGCUAAAAACAUUUACUUAGAUCAACGUUUUGGUUCCUUUGUGUAAAUUGCCUUUAAUUUCAUGUAGAUAUAUUUAUUCGUAAUAUUUUUUUUAUAACAGGUAGAUUGUGUAUAGAUUAACAUCUGCUUCAGCAUUAUAUUUCUUCAAUUGUGUAUUUAUAUGUAUGUUUGUAAAGACAUUUAUUGUACUUUUGCGAUAUAAAGAAAUUGAAGUAGUG